AUGGCAGCAACUCGCUUUCAGCAGACAGUUCAAGAAUUUAAGCAUCCAGAGAACAACCUGAUUCUUGAAACUUUUGAUUCUGAUAGCCUUAAGAUGUGGCACGCCAAGACCAUUCUAACGGGUAAAGAUUCCAAGAACAAUAAAUCUAAAUUUUUUGCUGCCACUCCUGACAUGACGUCUUGUUCUUCUUUGUGUAACAAAUCAUCCAUCUGUUAUCAGAGGUUUUCCCUCUAG